AUGAGAAAGCAUUAAACAUAAAUUAUAUCACUUCCUAUAAACCACAAAAGGACAAGAUUUACUAUAUCAAAUUUUGAUAGAGAAUUUGCUGAAGAAUGCAAAGUUACGGUUAACUAGCCUAGAGUAAGUCCUUGUCAUAAAAAUUGUCUAACUUAAAUAGCAGAACAAAGAAUACUAUAUAAUAACGAUAAAUAGCUUUAAAGCAAUAAAGAUUAAAUGUCCAAAAAUAUAUGUACUAUUCAAUACUAAAAUAAAAUGAUGCAGGAUUUACAAAAAUCAAUUAAAUAGACUUUGUCAUAAGAUGAAAACACUUUACAUUAAAAAAAUAAACUUAAAUUAAAUAUAAUACAUCAUCCCCAUCAUAAAAAAACACAAUCAAAUAAUAUAAACCCUAUGAUAAGUAACAAAUAACCCUAUACUAAAACUUUUAAUAAAAAUGUAUUUUCUGAAUAUUAUUAAUCAUAUUAAAUAGAAUACAUUUGA